AAACAGUGAGUUUUUUUUUUAACGAAUGAAAUGUCACUUUUUUAACCAAAUGAAAAAAUUUUCAUUAUGGGAUUUAAAAUUUUUAUUAUCAAUUUACAUAUUUAUAUAUAUGAUACAUAAGUUUAAAUAAUAGUGAUUAAUCAUCGUAGUGCUUAUAACAUUAAUAAUCAAAUUAAAUUAAUUAUAGGUUAGUGUAUGGCAAAUUUAUCAAAAAAACGUAAGCGCAAUAGUGACAUUGAUUUGUCAGAUUCAAAAAAAUUGAUUCUAGAAAGUGAUCAGUUUAUAAUUGACGCCGAUAUGUUCUGUUGGGGCAGUACGGUUCAUGGUGAACUGGGAUUAGGCGGCAUCGAGGAGGAAAUAAUAAACGUACCUCGAGAAGUAACUGAUUUUAAAAAAGCAACUGAAGUAAAAGACAUUGCUUGUGGUAAUAAUUAUACGAUAGUUAUUACACAUGACGGUAAAAUUUACUCAUGCGGUAAUAAUGACAGUGGACAAUUGGGACACGAUAAGCCGAGAAAAAAAUUGCAGUUAGUAUCAGACCUCGGUGUCUUUGUAUUUAAAAAAGCAGUAUGUGGCGCUAGUCAUACCUUGGCAAUCAAUGAGUGGGGUCAGCUAUUCAGCUGGGGAUGUAAUUCUGAUGGUCAAUUAGGUUUAAGUUCGUAUGUACCGAUUCAAGAAACACCACGAAUGGUAAAAUCACUGGCAACUAGUACAGUAAUUCAAGUAUCCUGUGGUUAUAAACAUGCGAUAGCUCUUACUAAUAAUGGCCAACUAUACUCAUGGGGUUUAAAUGACGAAGGUCAACUUGGUCUCGGUCCAGAAGUCAAAAUUGAACAUAAGCCGCAACUAAUAAAAAGCCUCGGAGCUGUUCCGAUUGCUUACAUCGCUUGUGGAGGAUACCACACAAUAGUAGUUUCGAAAUCUGGUGCUAUUUAUGCUUGGGGUAGAAACACAUUCGGGCAAUUGGGAGUAAAUGGUAUUCAGAGUGUUUACUUGCCCUGUCAAUUACGGACUUUAAGAAACUCAAAAGUACGACACGUGUCUUGUGGUGAAGAUUUUUCAGCUUUUCUCACAAUGGAUGGUGGUGUAUUUACAUGUGGCGCUGGUAUGUACGGGCAACUAGGACAUGGAUCAGUGUCGAAUGAAAUUCUUCCUCGUCAAAUAAUGGAGCUUAUGGGAAGUAUUGUCACCCAAAUAUCGUGUGGCAAACGACAUAUGCUGGCUUUGAUUCCUUCACGAGGUAGAGUAUACGCUUGGGGUCUCGGCGGUGCUGGACAAUUAGGAAUCCGAGUAACGCGAACAGUUACGACUCCUCAAGUUGUCCUCGGGCCUUGGGUCUCACCAAAUGGUACAUCAAUUUAUCAAAGUGAUGCACCGUCAAGUGAAUAUAGUGUUGAUUGUGUUGUCAAACAUAUUUUUACUGGCGGCGAUCAUUGUUUCGUUACCGUUACCAAACGAGAGCACAAUAUUCCACCAGAUGAUUCUAGAAUAUUCGAUUUAUCAACGCAAAUUCUUACUGUUACUGAAGAGCAAUUAUUGAAUUGUCACAAAGUGCCUAUGGGGGCACCGUUAGAUCAUGAUCUUAUGAUGUAUUUAGAGACUGUUUUCCGUAGCCAAUCAUGUAUGAAUGCAUCGUUUUUACUUGAUAAUGAUAAUCAUUAUGGCUGUUCAAGUAAACAUUCUGGUGUGAACGUCGAACAAGCCUCCAGACUCUUUGGAAUUAUUUCGGACAUCCAAAAUAAUACGAUACAAGAACUAAUUUUUAUGUCUAUUACUGAGGGCUUGGUACCAUCGCUUGCUGCUUCACCGCCAGAUGUUGAAGCUUUGAGAGUUUAUCUCACUUUACCGCUGUACCAUAGAUUUCCGGAGCCAACACACUGCGAAACACUCCAAAGACCUUUUGCCAAAGCUUUGAUUAAUUUAAAGCCUGAAGCUAGAAAAAUAGUCGGCAUUUGGUGGAGUAAAGCGCCUGUACAAGUAUUUUAUAGACUUAUCAGGUCGUACAAAGCUGUUAUUUUAUUCAUUAUGAAACAAACAAAAAAUAUCGACACUAUGCAUUUUUCAUCCGAUUCAACGUUGAAAUUAAGUCUUGAACUAUUAAAAUUUAUAAACAAAUUAAAUCAAACUGAAAACGAAGGGCUUCGUGUGCCUUACGAUGUAUUCCACUUGCCAGAAUUAACUCAAAUGAUCGACAUAAAAUCCGAUUAUUUCAAAUGGCUCCACAACGCAGAUUCAAAUUCCGUUGGCGUAGCAUUAGUUUGUAAUUAUUCAUUCAUAUUUGACGCGGAAGCUAAGCUAUUGUUACUCCAAACUGAUCAAGCGAUUCAAAUGCAUUCGGCAAUGAAUGAAGCUGCAACACGAGCCUUUACGAACGUUAUGUUCAAUGCAUUUAUGCUCAAUGACCCCCAUCAGACAUCACAAUUUUUAAUGUUAAAUGUAUCGCGUGAAAAUAUUGUCGUUGAUACUCUCCGUGAAUUGACGUCAAAAGAUUCGAGCGAUUUAAAAAAACCAUUGCGCGUUAAAUUUCAUGGUGAAGAGGCUGAAGAUGCCGGCGGGGUUAAGAAAGAAUUUUUUAUGCUGCUACUAAAAGAAAUAUUAGAUCCCAAAUACGGUAUGUUCAAACAAUACGAAGAAACGAGAACUAUUUGGUUCAGCGAAGACUCAUUUGAAGAUGAAAUGAUGUACUUUUUAAUUGGCGUACUCUGCGGACUCGUUAUUUAUAAUUUUAUUAUAAUAAAUUUACCGUUUCCAUUGGCGUUGUAUAAAAAAUUGUUACACGAGCCAGUAAAUCUUGCAGACCUCAAAGAUUUGUCGCCAGUUCUUGCUAAAAGUUUGCAAAGUAUAUUAGAUUACAAUGAACCAGAUUUAGCGGAUGUGUUUUCAUUAAAUUUUGAAGUAACUCGGGAAGUUUAUGGUGAGCAAAAAGUCUAUGAACUGAUACCGGGUGGAAGUAAAAUUCCGGUUACUUUAGAAAACAAACAGGAAUUUGUUAAUUCGUAUGUUGAUUAUAUAUUUAAUAAAUCUGUUGAGUCGCAUUUCAAAGCAUUUUAUAACGGGUUUCAUAAAGUUUGUGGCGGGCGUAUAUUGAAACUAUUUCACAGUCAUGAAUUGAUGGCUGUCGUUGUUGGACAUGAAAACUAUGAUUGGAAAGAGUUGCAAGAAAAUGCGACGUACAAAGAAGGUUACAGUAAAGAUGAUCCGACAAUUGUUAUGUUUUGGCAAGUUUUUCAUGAAUUGCCGUUAGAAGAAAAGAAGAAAUUUCUUUUGUUCUUAACUGGUAGCGAUCGGAUACCUCUACAAGGAAUGAAAGCUAUUAAAAUCACAAUACAACCAAUGACUGAUGAAAAAUUUUUGCCAGUUGCUCACACAUGUUUUAAUUUAUUGGAUUUGCCGCGCUAUCAAACAAGAGAAAGAUUACGGUAUAAACUGUUGCAAGCAAUUCAACAAACUCAGGGAUUUUCAUUGGUAUAGAAUUGAAGAUUACUUCUAGUACUAUUAAUGUCCUUGCCCAACUUAAUUUUUUUUUUUUUUUUUAAUUAUUU